UAGUUCGUACCGUCGAACCGUCAGGCAGGGAAAUUAUUACACACAAGUACAACCUCGCCCACAAAAAAAGGUUGCACAGAUGCGCGUAUCGCGUCGUCACGUGCGACACUCGUUUUUUUUAACCGGGAGUACCCACGGACAAUGUCAAAAACUUUAUCUCGCAUCGUCGCUCUCGAACAAAUAUCUAAUUGGAAUACCAACGACGUAGUGUCACUCUUACGAAAGAAUGGUUUGGGCGACUGCUGCAAAGCUGUUCACAAACGUCAGAUCGAUGGUGACGAAUUUUUGCACUUGACUGAAGGCAAACUGGCACUGUGGAAGAGCGAUCUCACUCGACCCUUGACAUGGAGUCUAUGGAGGUUCGUGGAGGAUUUGAAAAAAACGCCGGAAAAAUAUGCAACGGAGAAGAAGGAAAGCGGAGAAGAGAAGAACGAAGAGUCGAUGAGCGAUACCGGCUCUUGGGGAACGGAUUUCGAGGACGACGUAGACGAGGACGAGGCCGAGGAGGAAGAUUCAGCCGGAAACUGGCGCCCGAACGGGAGCAGUAGCACCAACAAUCACAGCGGAGGAAAAAGUUCGGCGUCGACCGUUCAAUCGUGUUCGCGGAACUCGGAAUUUCGUAACAGUUUAAUGAUUUUUCGGGAGAACGAGAAAACCUCGAUUCUGUCACGAGAGAAAGAGGCUUCGCUGAACAAGGGUAAACGCAGAGUGGAUGAAGAAGUCGCUGAGAGUACUUACACCAAUUGCUGCGAGACGGAGGUCGACGACGGCGCAGAGCAGGACGAGAGCACUUACGCGAAUUGCGUAAAAGCGGAGGAGCUCCUCGCUGCGACGAAAUCGAAAAACGUCUCGAAUCUCCACGGUAAAGCAGAGAAAACAUUAGCCGAGCAGCUGAAAGAACAGCUCAGACUCAUAAACUCGAGAAAAACGAGGGUGGAAAUGAAGAAGGAAAUAAUCAAAGCUCCGCCGAUUUUGGAGAAAUCGUCCCUCGAGAAGAAACCGGUCAAAUCGUUCCUUCACGACGUCGCUCCGAGCCUCAGCCAGCAAAUAUUUCAUGAAAAUAUUCUCCCCGUCGGCUCCACGAACGUCGAGGAACUCGAGAAAAACCUUAACGCUGAUAAAUGCGAAGCCGAGUUGCCACGACCACCCCUCACUAUACGGAACUUUGAUCUCGUCGCUAACUUACCGACCCGGACCGAGGAAAGCGAAGACGAGUACGAACCUUUCGACGAACAGAUCAUCGAACAGAACAAACGAUUGUCACUCGCACGCGUCGAUAGCAAACUCAGCCUCGGCAGCGCCAGGCAAGGCUCGCUCGAAAGCGUUUACAAAACACCCAGCAUCACCAGCCAGGACAAACAGGACGAGGAGUAUGAAAUUUAUGAAUCUAUCACGGAAACGCCUGAAGAGAAUGGUUAUUAUCCCCAACCAAUGGAAAGAGAUAAAGUGAUUCGAAACGGGCCGCCUCCUCUGCCAGCUAAGCCUGCAAUUUCGUUGUCACCGAAUUCUCAGCACUCAGGAUCCGAUAAGAAACAGCGAGAACGAUCACCGGAUAAGAAAUCAGCCACGUUGCCCCAUUCGGGAAGCAGCACAUCUCUUACAGCUGAAUUGAGAGCUACAAGACCGCUGCCACCACCUCCUGACAAACAAUCUUACAUGGAUUUACCCUGGUUUCAUAAUGUUACAAGGGAGCAAGCAACGGCGUUGAUCAAAGAUCGCGCUUACGGGAAUGCUGAAAAUGGAUAUUUCCUGCUGAGGCCAUCGACCUCACACCCAAAUAAUCCUUUGGCUCUUGUGCUUUGGUUCAAGGACAGAGUUUACAACGUUCCAGUACGUAAGAGGCCAGAUAAUAGAUAUGCUCUAGGCUCAGCAAAGAUAAACGAACAAUCGUUUUCAUGCGUUGAAGAAAUCGUGAGAUUUUAUUCAAGAGAAGAAUUGAUGUUGCACAGCGGUGGAGUACAAGCAGGCAGCACCAAAUUGACCGAUACACCACCAAAGUAAAAAAGAUUUUUAAAAAACCAUGCAUAUCCAAAGUACCUUGCAAAUGAGGCAUAUUUAGCGUGAAAGCAUUGCACGCUGAAAAAAAUGCGAUACGACACAGCUGUCUGGGACCGAGUCAUGUUCUUUCGUUGUUCAUACGCUCAGAGUGUUUGUUCUGGACUGAAAGUUCACUAAGAUUUUAAGCACAGUGCCUUUUCACUCGUGAUUGAGUGUACUUUUGGUAAUAAGGGUGAUUGAUGACUGUACUUUGUAACUUUUAUUUUCUCAAUUUAUUCGUGCGAGUGAGAUGUGAAAAUUCAAUAUACAUGUGAGUGUGAUAUUACACUUUUCGCACUGCAGCUAUAUGUCUAAAAAUGGAUUCUGAUAAAAUGCGUUGAAGUGAUAGACAAGCUAAUUUUAGUAGAUUUGAAUUUUUUUUUACGUUUUUAUUGACAGAAAUCUCGUGCAUUAAGACAGAAAAAUCAUUAUUUUCGUAUUUGCACGUUUUUUUCUGCAUUUCUCUAAAUUUCAUGAAGCUUUCGAUGUAGGUUGAGAUAUUUUGAUGGCUCGACUACCGAAAUUAUGGACCCAUUGAAUGACUGAAAAAAUUUCAUAACUAUGUACGACUAGGGUGAAAAUAUUUUUUACGACCAGCAUAUUAGAACGUACCUGAACGAUACGUGAAACGCUCAUUUAUCUGAUUAUCCUUAGAUUUUUAUAUAUCUAAGCCAUAUCAAAUGCCGUGUGUCCAAGGCUAUUAAUUUGUAAAAAUUUUGCGUGUAUUAUAUGUUAUGACCCAAUUUUUAGCAUUAUAUGGCACAGAAAUAUUAUACGUAUAUUUUCAUAGGGAUAAAAUGCAUUUAUCUGCACUAAUGUCAAAGUGCAUAUCAAGAAACACUUUUGUACCCACGCUUCUAUGAUCUUAUUUUUCUAGAGACUCGUCUCUACCUCGUUUUUAAUGUCACUUUGAUAAAUAAGUCGAUUUUAUAUAUAAAUGAUUUAUUAUACACAGGGAACAUAACAGAGUAUCACGAAUUUAUGUGGUUGUGGUGGAAAAAGCUCUUUUAUAUGAGUAAAAAUAGAAGAAAAUGAUUUUUCCAUGCGCUUA